GUCGACGCGGUUUUGGUGAUCGAGGAUGGAUUCCUUGCCACAUUUCUCCGUGAAGAUCUCCCAUCCGAAGUUAUCGUGGCUCGUCUGCCCAAAUCGUCCGGUGUAGUCACACGAAGCGCGGAUCAGUGGACUCGUCAACGGGAUGCGCGUGUUUCUGCCUAUUUGCAUGGGGAAAAUCCACUGCGCCGAUUACACCCGCAUCAGAUCACACUGAAGUCGAGUGAGUAUUCCAUCUACAAAGUGGGCAGUGAGGCGAUCCCGGAUGCGUUGCUACCUCACGGAGCACAAGAAGACGAGGAGACGUGGCGACAUCCGGUCCAAGUGCCGAUUGGACGAGAUUUGAAGAACCGUCUGUUGGCUAUCUCACAAGCUACCGAACCGCAACGUGUUCCCGAAGCCCCAGUCUACGGGUUUAUUGUGGUGGUCAGUGUCUCGGAAGACAAAUCCUCAUUCACUGUGCUCAGUCCAUGCCCGUACGAGCCGCCGAACAACUUGCUCCUCUUGACAACCAUUUGUUAUGUGGACACAGAUUUUAUCUAG